GUCUCUUUUUGCGAUAUUUUACGGCUUCCCAUUCACUCCUAUGCGAAGAUGGCGUCCGGCAGCGGGACAAAAAACUUGGACUUUCGCCGAAAGUGGGACAAAGAUGAAUACGAGAAACUCGCUGAGAAGAGACUCACGGAAGAGAGAGAAAAGAAGGAUGGAAAACCAGUGCAGCCAGUCAAGCGGGAGCUUUUGCGACACAGAGACUAUAAAGUGGACUUGGAAUCCAAGCUUGGGAAGACAAUUGUCAUUACCAAGACAACCCCACAGUCUGAGAUGGGAGGAUAUUACUGCAAUGUUUGUGACUGUGUGGUGAAAGAUUCCAUCAACUUCCUGGAUCAUAUUAAUGGAAAGAAACAUCAACGGAACCUGGGCAUGUCUAUGCGUGUGGAACGUUCUACUCUGGAUCAGGUGAAGAAACGCUUUGAGGUCAAUAAGAAGAAGAUGGAAGAGAAGCAGAAGGAUUAUGAUUUUGAGGAAAGAAUGAAGGAACUCAGAGAAGAGGAAGAAAAGGCUAAAGCAUACAAGAAAGAGAAGCAGAAGGAGAAGAAAAGGAGAGCGGAGGAGGACUUGACAUUUGAGGAGGAUGAUGAGAUGGCAGCUGUGAUGGGCUUCUCUGGCUUUGGUUCCACCAAGAAGAGUUACUGAGCCUUUCUGUGACGGGCCUAAUUUUGGCCUAUGCUGGACCUAACUGUGUGUGUGUAUGUUAGGGGGUGGGGUCAUUCCUUUUGGAUACUGGGGAAAGUCCUUUAGAGUGUUAAUGGCAGGACUAGAGGGUGGGUGUUUGUGGUUUCCCUAUACCUUAGGGGAGGGCACAGGAUACAGAGGUAAUGCUGCUGUGCAUUCCUUGUUAGUUUGUCACCGGAGUUACAAGACCUCUUCCCAUCUGAGUUCCUGAUAAAUGAAGACAUCUCCAUCAGAGGCUGCUCUCCAGAAACUUCCCCUGCAUCUUUCCCUCUUCAUCUAUCCAACCUCUUGUCUGAGCAUCCCAGUUUUUUGCUAUGUUCUGCCUUUGUUUAAAUUUUAACUCUUGUUAGCCUGUAACAGAAGGGAUCUGAUCAGAUCCUCCUUUUGCCAUUCUUCUCUAUGGUUCUUUGCCACCUGUGCAUGCAUGUGUACUUCUGCCUGGGUCAGUGGUGUGUGUGGAUAUGUGUGCAUGAAUUUGUCACAAAGAGGGGGCCUGAGCUGGAAUCUCAGAGCAUUGCUGCCCUGGGGCCUGAUGUUCUUGGUUUCCUCAGCGCAUGUAACAGGCAAUUAAAUGGGAUGAGUGGUGUGGUUUGUGUCUGGUAAGUUUUUUAACAUUGUUCUUUUGAUGUGGGCUGUUUCAGCUUUUCCUGUUUGUUUAACUUUACUGAGGAUUUUUCUGUUUUGUCUUCCUUGUGAGCAGGCUCUUGGAAGACCUGUUUGAUGCAAAGGAAGAAAAAAAAAAAAAGAAAUGAAACAACAAAACAAUAUAACCCCUCCCCCCCCAAAAAAACCCCAACCAACCAAACAAGCUUGCUAUGGGAAUCCUUGGGUCUCAGAGGCUAUACAACAUAAUAAAUGACAGACUGGGCCUGUUUUACAUUUGA